AUGGCAACUACCGUUCUGGCAAGCAGCAUGUCACUGUCACUGUCUCUGGUGGAUCCCGCCUGUUUUGCGCUAGACAUGAAGGCUGAAGAGGAGUUGUGGAUUUACCAACCCGCCUCUCCGGGAACAUCUGCUCAACAAGCGGCCAAAAUCGGAGCAGCGGGCGUCGGUCUUUAUUCAGUACUUACCUUGGGCACAGUACCAGGUAUUGAACACUUGAGGGAUCGCUCGGAUGCGGUGGUGUACGAAGUAGGUACGGUCAAGUCCCUCGGUCGAAGGAGGUUCGAGCUUCCCCACUUGGCUACCUAUACCUUAUCACAGCCCAACAUUAUCGAUAAGAUGAGCAACUGGAAGCGUGAGUCGAUAAGAACGAGAGACGGCGGCCGGGUGGAGUCUUCCCAAGUGGUGAGGUUUCCAUUGGCGCCGGCACGGGUGGGUGUGGAUGAUCACCUCAUUCGGCCUCCAUCAGAUGUGACCCCUCUUCCUCCAACGGUUGUGCGGCAGACGGAAAGAGAAGGGGUCCCCACCUUCAUUCAUGUCAGGUUAUUGUUCGGCAACUUUGGAGUUUGCGGGGAUCGAGGCCGUCACAAGUAUCUUGCAACAGCAUCCAAGGUCAUUGUUGAAGCAUAUCGAUCGUUAUCUGUGGACCAAAACGCCGCGCAGCUUUCGCUCGGUUUCGGUGAGGAAGUAGUGGGGAGCGUCAGAUGGUCCGUCGGGCUGUUAGCUGCUGACUACCAGAGACCGGCGCCGACUUAG